CCCAGUGCUCCUGGGCGAUGUCCUGCUUCCUGACUUGUAUCUAUCAUUGAUUCGUUCUGAUUACUUUAAACCCGCCCCAACUACCGAGUGACAUUCCUGCAUUCCUAUUGGAGACUCCGCUUCGCAAUCAGGAUGGAGGUUUGUCAGCGGGAUUGAAAUUAAAGAUGUAUUACAGUUAAAAUACGGAGGAUUUAAAACAGAAUUGUGGCGAAAUAUACAAAAAUGCCUACACACAAACCCCCCAGAAGAAUGUGCCCGUGACCAUAGGGAUGUCGUUGUGGAAGACAGCAAGGAAAGAAGCUAUAAUACAGAAUCCUGUGUGCUGCCUGGACAGUGUGAAGAUGGAAUCUGUCGAGAUUAAAGAGGAGUUCCCUGAACUUGAACUUGUCCCCUUUAGAGUGGAGUUCUUUGGGCUGGCUUCCCUCCCUACUAAACAGGAGCUCUGUGAGCUGCAAUGUGACAGCAGUCAGCCUGAGGUCUCUGAGAUUAAAGCUGAGCACAAUGAAUUGGAGAUCCCGCAAACAGAAGAAUCCCUUCCUGUUAAACAAGAAGAGGUGCUGGAAACAGUCUGUAUUAAAUGGGAGUCCCCUGAAAUAGAGUUUGACCACAUGGAACCAGGCAAGGAAGAAUCUGAGGACAUCAAACCAAACAUCCCUGAGCUGGAGCCUGUACACCUGCGGGAGUGUAGGGUGGUGCUGGAGAGAAUCUGCAUGAGAGAGCAAGGCGCUGGAGAGGAAGGCUCUCCCAACAGCAUGCAAGCAGGUGGAAAGGAAGACGGGCAGUCACAUUCAGAAUGCAGUCUAGCAGGUUCCAAUCCAGCAGCUAAAGCGAGGGUGGGCAGUGGAGAAUAUCCUGACUGUGGGAAAGGUUUCAACCAGUUAGGGAAAUUAAAAAAACCCCAGAGAAUUCACACGGAGAUGCCAUAUCACUGCACUCGCUGUGGGAAGAGUUUCAGUCACUCAGGAACCCUGAAAGCACACCAGCGAAUUCACACAGGAGAGAAACCGUAUUGCUGCUCUGACUGUGGGAAGAGUUUCCGUGUUAAACAAGGACUUCAAAAACACCAGCAAACUCACACAGGAGAGAAACCAUAUCGCUGCUCUGACUGUGGGAAGAGUUUCCGUGUUAAACAAGGCCUUCAAAGACACCAGAAAAUUCACAUAGGAAAGAAACCGUAUCCCUGGACUGACUGUGUGAAGAGUUUCGGUCAGUCUGGACACCUUGUUUUACACCAGCAAACUCACAAAGGAGAGAAACCGUAUCGCUGCUUUGACUGUGGGAAGAGUUUCAGUCGGUCCGGACACCUUGUUUCACACCAGCGAACUCACACAGGAGAGAAACCGUAUUGCUGCUCUGACUGUGGGAAGACUUUCCGUUUUAAACAUGGCUUUCAAAAACACCAGGGAAUUCACACAGGAGAGAAACCAUAUCAUUGCUCUGACUGUGGGAGGAGUUUUCGUUUUAAACAAAGCCUUAAAAACCACCAGGGAAUUCACACAGGAGAGAAACCAUAUUGCUGUACUGACUGUGGGAGGAGUUUCCGUUUUAAACAAGGCCUUCAAAAACACCAAGGAAUUCACACAGGAGAGAAACCGCAUCACUGCUCUGACUGUGGGAAGAGUUUCCAUUUAAAACAAAGCCUUAAAAAACACCAGGGGAUUCACACAGGAGAGAAACCGUAUCGCUGCUCUGACUGUGGGAAGCAUUUCAGUCAUUUGGGAAACCUGAAAGAACACCAACGAAUUCACACAGGAGAGAAACCGUACUGCUGCUCUGACUGUGGGAAGAGUUUCCGUCACUCUGUAAACCUAAAAAAACACCAGCGAAUUCACACAGGAGAGAAACCGUAUUGCUGCGAUCGUUGUGGGAAGAGUUUCAGUAGGUCAGACAGCCUUGUUUCACACCAGCGAAUUCACACAGGAGAGAAACCAUAUCGCUGCAGUCAUUGUGGGAAGAGUUUCAGUCGCUCACACAGCCUUGUUUCACACCAGCAAAUUCACUCAGGAGAGAAACUUUAAAGACUAUGUUCAAUGGGACUUUACACUCUGAGUCAAAAAAAAAAAACGUUAACCCUGCAUAUGAAUCCCUGUGUAAUUACUAUUUUGUGUAUUACUCUUAAAAGAGGUAAAAAUGCACUUCGACUCUCUUGCACUCUGAUUGUGUCAAAGUGGACGGUGACUCAGACACAUCACAAGAGACUUCUCUGCUGUCAGUUUAACUCAGGCUGUCAAUGCAGUCAGUGCCUGGGAGCGGGAAUAUGCAGAAAGGAAACUAUUCCGCAGCUCAUCUGAUGGAUGAGUUCCAGGGUUUAGCAUUUAAACUUCAUUAACCUGAACAUAAAUAAACAUUCAUAUUAUGAGGUGUCUAUGCCACAGCUUAUUACUGGUACUACAUUUAUAGCUACUGCACCUAAACCAGCCACUGAACACAAUGGGCCUCAUUAGCAAAAGAGCACUAAAUUUGGAUUUAGCACGUAUGUAAACUAGUGAGCGUGACGCUUGUGAUAAAUCUAAAUUUACUGCCCCAUUUAUCAACAGAGAACGCAUUAAAAUAUGUGCACAGUAUUUGGCUAAUUUACAUACCAUACCAUGCACACUACAUGCAUUAUGAGCGAUUUUAACAUGUAUUCCUUGUCUGAUGUAAAAAAAAUAAAUAAAAAAACAACUUUUUUGUUUCUCCUUUUAAUACAUAUACAAUAAAAGUCAUGUUGUGCAAUGGAACAUUUUUCUUUUUGUUCUGCUUACUUGAAUCUAUUCAGUCUUGAACAAAGAAGACUACGCGGCGAUCUGAUUCAAACAUUCAAAAUCCUAAAAGAUACAGAUACAAGGACCAGGGUUCACAAAUGGAGAUACAAGGACCAGGGUUCACAAAUGGAGAUUAGAUAAAGGGGCAUUCAGAACAGACGAUAGGAGGCACUUUUUUACACAGAGAAUUGUGAGGGUCUGGAACCAACUCCCCAGUAAUGUUGUUGAAGCUGACACCCUGGGAUCCUUCAAGAAGCUGCUUGAUGAGAUUCUGGGAUCAAUAAGCUACUAACAACCAAACGAGCAAGAUGGGCUGAAUGGCCUCCUCUCGUUUGUAAACUUUUCCUCAGUGUUCUAGGAAAUCUGCUUCUAGUUUUAUCUGCCUAUUUCUGUACUAUAAAAUACAUUAAGUAAUAUGUUGAUUAAACCGUGCCUGCAUACUUAUUGACUAUGAAUCAUCCAGUGGGGGUAAUGGGUUUUGUGUAAAGCAGUAUAUUGGCCUACGUACAAUUUAUAUAGACAUUUUCAUGUACAUUACUGUGUGUGUGUGUGUGUGUGUGUGUGUAUAUGUAUAUAUUUUACGAUGUAGCCCACCAAGCGAACAGUCUUAACUUACAUGCUGCACGAUUUUUCCGUUCAACACAUUUUCAUAACCAAGUAAUUCAGCAAGAUGUAUUUAUUUUGCAUUGGUGAAUCAGUGAAUCAAUGAACAAAUCUGUUGAAUUGAUUCACUAAACUGAAAAAUCCAACUAUUUGAGUCAGUAAAAAGAACAUAAGAAAGUUUACAAACGAGAGGAGGCCAUUCAGCCCAUCUUGCUUGUUUGGUUGUUAGUAGCUUAUUGAUCCCAGAAUCUCAUCACGCAGCAUCUUGAAGGAUCCCAGGGUGUCAGCUUCAACAACAUUACUGGGGAGUUGGUUCCAGACCCUCGCAAUUCUCUGUGUAAAAAAGUGCCUCCUAGUUUCUGUUCUGAAUGCCCCUUUAUCUAAUCUCCAUUUGUGACCCCUGGUCCUUUUUUCAGGUCAAAAAAGUCUCCUGGGUCGACAUUGUCUAUACCUUUUAUGAUUUUGAAUACUUGAAUCAGAUCACCGCAUAAUCUUUGUUCAAGACUGAAUAGAUUCAGUUCUUUUAGCCUGUCUACAUACGACAUGCCUUUUAAACCCGGGAUAAUUCUGGUUGCUCUUCUUUGCAUUCUUUCUAGAGCAGCAAUAUCCUUUUUGUAACGAGGUGACCAGAACUAAACACAAUAUUCUAGGUGAGGUCUUACUAAUGCAUUGUAAAGUUUUAACAUUACUUCCCUUGAUUUAAAUUCAACACUUAUCACAAUAUAUCCAAGCAUCUUGUUGGCCUUUUUUAUAGCUUCCCCGCAUUGUCUAUGAAGACAUUUCCUAGGUCUUUUUCAUAGAUCCCUUCUUCCAUUUCAGUAUCUCCCAUAUGAUAUUUAUAAUGCACAUUUUUAUUGCCUGCAUGCAAUACUUUACUCUUUUCUCUAUUAAAUGUCAUUUGCCAUGUGUCUGCCCAGUUCUGAAUGCUGUCUAGAUCAUUUUGAAUGACCUUUGCUGCUGCAACAGUGUUUGCCACUCCUCCUAUUUUUGUGUCGUCUGCAAAUUUAACAAGUUUGCUUACUAUAGCAGAAUCUAAAUCAUUAAUGUAGAUUAGGAAUAGCAGAGGACCUAAUACUGAUCCCUGUGGUACAUCACUGGUUACCUCGCUCCAUUUUGAGGUUUCUCCUCUAAUCAGUACUUUCUGUUUUCUACAUGUUAAGCACUCCCUAAUCCAUGUGCAUGCAUUUCCUUGAAUCCCUACUGCGUUCAGUUUGAGAAUUAAUCUUUUAUGCAGGACUUUGUCAAAAGCUUUCUGGAAAUCUAAAUAAACCAUGUUGUAUGCUUUGCAAUUAUCCAUUGUCGAUGUUGCAUCCUCAAAAAAGUCAAGCAGGUACUAACCUGCUUGACUUUUUUCCUAAAACCAUGCUGACUGUCUCCCAGGAUACUGUUACCAUAUAGGUAAUUUUCCAUUUUGGAUCGUAUUGUAGUUUCCAUAAGUUUACAUAUAAUAGAAGUCAGACUUAUUGGUCUGUAGUUACCUGGUUCGGUUUUGUCUCCCUUUUUGUGGAUCGGUAUUACAUUUGCAAUUUUCCAGUCUGUCGGUACAAUCAGUGUCAAGAGACUGUUGCAUGAUCUUGGUUAGCGGUUUGUAAAUAACUUCUUUCAUUUCUUUGAGUACUGGAGUACUCAAGGCAGCAGUGUGGAGUAGUGGUUAGGGCUCUGGACUCUUGACCGGAGGGUUGUGGGUUCAAUCCCUGGUGGGCGACACUGCUGCUGUACCCUUGAGCAAGGUACUACCUAGAUUGCUCCAGCAAACACCCAACUGUAUAAAUGGGUAAUUGUAUGUAAAAAAUAAUGUAAUUGUAUGUAAAAAUAACGUGAUAUCUUGUAACAAUUGUAAGUCGCCCUGGAUAAGGGCGUCUGCUAAAAAAUAAAUAAUAAUACUAUUGGGAGGAUCUCAUCCGGCCCAGGGGAUUUGUUUAUUUUAAGAGCUCCUUGUCCCUUUAACACUUCUGCCUCUGUUAUGCUAAAGUUAUUUAAAACUGGAUAGGAACAGAUUGACAUGUGGGGCAUGUUGUCCAUGUCCUCCUUUGUAAAAACCUGAAAAGUAAUUUAAUAUAUUUGCUAUUAUUAUUUAUUUAUUUAUUUAUUUAUUUAUAUUUUAUUUUAUAUAUAGAUAGAUGUAACCAUUUAUUUAUACAUUUCUGUUUUCAAAAUCUGUAACUUAUAAAUACGGUUUCCAUGUUUAAUCUCCUUAAGAUUUAAUAAAGCACUGUAGCAGCGAGGUAAGUUUAAAAUAAAGCACAUUGGGGGGAAAAAAGGAUAUUUAAUUAUAUCGAGUAAAUUUAUUAUACGAGAAUAAUUAUACAUGCAGCUAAAAAAUAUAUAUAUAUAUCAAAAAAUACAUUGCCACUUAAACUUUUUGUACUGAAAUGAAAAAAAAAUAAAAAAAUAAAAAUACUUAAGAGUCCUUUUGGGGGAUAUCAGGGAUAUUAAUGUCUACCUG